UUUGGCGAUCCUUCCCAUCGGCUUUUCGGAAGUUCUGAAUGGCGGGUCAUCCGAUGGCACCUUCUUUCCGCGGACAGUACACAAGUGUAGAGAAGAGGGCUCAUUCAUUGUUGUUGUCACCUGGGACUUGCAUAGUAAGCUCUUGCAUGAAUAUUCAGUAUCCAAGGAUCCAAGCAAGUGCUGCUGUGCUUACAGGUUAAGCUAACGUGGUAUCAGCCUUGGCGGAAAGAAAGAGUCAACUAACUAGAGCAAGGCAAGCCCCAAAGAGGAAGCAUUAGCCCGAAAGAUUACUCCAGAAGUAGUAGGAUCUCUCUCCCGAGAAAAGAAGCACACAUCAUUUUUUCUGUCACACUUUUUCUUCAACACACAACACAAACACAUACAAUGAUUCUGACGUAUCCUACCAGUGUCUCUGUCACCGAGGUGAACAUUGUCAAAGACAAGCCGUCGGAGAAGAUGGGUCUAUCCCUCAAGAACACACCCCGCGAAUCCGGAAUUGGCAUUACCGGUUUGUCGCGCGAGGAGAGUUCCUUGCGAGGCACCGCCAUUCGAGCGACGGGAGGACAAGUCCUGGUGGCCAUUAAUGGCAAUCCCGACAUUCCCGAUGCCAAGACGGCUUCCAGUAUGAUUUCCAAGAGCACACGGCUCUCGCUGUUGGUGUGUGAACAGCACCACGAUUUCGCCAACGCGAGCAAACAGGCAUGUAUCCAAGUGGUGGCGGCACCCUUUUGGAGACACAAUCCCGGCAUUAAUUUUGCAUCGACACGAGGACGAACCUUGGUGACUGUCUCCAAAAUUUUCAAACGAGGACCGUUUGCGGAACACAAGUACAUUUCCGUGGGAGACAUUGUGUUGGCCGUCAAUGGAAUUCCCGUCUCCAAACCGGAAGAUGCCGACAAGGCGUUGCGCCUGCCGCAAGCCGAUUCCAGUGUCACGGUACUGCACACUAUUGACAUGAACUACUUUCGAGCGGCCGCCAUGAAUGCGGUCGAUACUAGCAAAAUUACCGGAACGGGGGCCACGCUGUCGUUCAAACCCGAUCCUCACGACGCAACAAAGCAGCACCAUGUCAUGCACGUCAAACGAGUUGGCCACACGGACAAACACGUACGGAUACGAUACGAUCCCGAGACGCAACACAUGUACGAUCCAGAGCCAUUCACCAAACUCUGUCCGGAAGGUGACUAUAUAAGGACGGACUUUUCCAAUCCCAAAGUAUUCUACCGCAACUGGUAUUGUCUGGGAGCUCUCAAAUUCAUAAACAUGUUCAACAAAAUUGUGGAUGAGAAUCUGGAUCCAUUGGAGGAUUCGGCCUGUGAAUAUUCCUGGAGAAAUUCACCCAGCAAUGCUAUUGCCACUACGGCACCCAUCUCCCCCAGUAGUUCCUCCAGUGUCCCCGAAGUGGAAGUCUACGUCCCGACCAACCACGAUCUCAGUCUGCGUUCCUUGACGCGCACAAAGAGUCACGAUGACGACGAACACGAAGAUUAUAUUGCGUGUUGAAAAGGAACAAAUGCAUGAAUAGCCCGACAACAAUGCAUCCAUCAUGCGGCAGACAAGCCACGCACAUCAAUCCACCAGCUGUAAUACAUACAGAUGCCCCAAUUUUACUCUCAAGUUUUUGUUGCAUUUCACAUUUUGAAGUACUCGACAUUUCUACUAAAACACUUGAUUAAUAAAGUAUUCCCUUCAAUCUUUAAAAAUGGACCCCUAAAUCUGACCUAACUCUACCUUAUACCUACGGGUACAUUACGAUUUAUUUAUCAGGUGCUGAUUUUUUGGAUCCCGUGGUGGACUUGUGUCAAAUGCUGAGACACCGUUGGAAACUUCAAGGCCAGCGCCAUUGCUGAUUGUAUGAAUGCAGACUGCUGGGUCAGACAAGGCUCUGUCUGAUCCAAGCUUGGUUGGGCGCAAGGUGGAGCCAUUGAAUGAAAAAUAUCCUCAGUAUGUCCCGAAGUAUAUAUGUCAGCAAAAACAAGACAUGCCAUGUUCGCUACUUUACAUAAACCCCCAGAAACCAGGGGCGAGGUCAGGAAGGUAGCCAAGCUCUCCCGGGCAGAGCUUUGCAAAAUCCUCCUGUUUCAUGUCAGUAACACUGCAAUUGAUGAUGCUGAUGCAGGCGAAGAGGAAGAAGUGUAAGAAGAGGAAGAUACAGGAUCAGGACAGGAAGAGGAAGAGAUGAUUGCAUAACGAAUGAUUGACAAAAACGACCGUGGGAUCGUGGAGCCGCAUCGUGGAGGCAGUGGGUUGUCCAUAAGGGAUA